ACGGUGUGCUUCUACAGAAGCAGCAGUGUGUGUCUGCAGGUGUCAACAACAGAAUAUUUAUACACUCCCUCAUUAGUACAACACUUUUAAGAUUUGAUUUUUCAUAGUUCUAGCCAAAGAAAGGACCAGAAUGUUAAGACGAAUAUUACAGAUGACUCCUGGGAAAGGAGGCUCCCAGAGCUCGGAGUCUGAGCAGCCGUCUGCUGAUAUGAAUAAUGAGUCCUCAGAGGGCUUCAUUUGUCCCCAGUGUAUGAAGUCACAUAACUCUGCUGAGGAGCUCUUCAAACAUUACGAGGUGUUCCAUGAGCCAGGAGACCAGCCGUCCCCCUUCAGCCCUGGCAGGGAGGAUCUAGUCCUUCGACAGGAAGUCCAAGAUUUACAGACUUCACUGAAGGAGGAACGCUGGUAUUCUGAGGAACUGAAAAAAGAAUUAGACAAAGUACAAGGACAACUAGCAACUAAUAAAGUCUCACAGAGUGGUGGUACCAGUGGAGAAGAAUCAGAGCUCGCGUUAAGGCUCAACGAAUCUGAGACAGAGAAGUUCAACAUCAAACAGAUGAAAGACUUAUUUGAACAGAAAGCUGCUCAGCUCGCAACUGAGAUAGUUGACAUCAAAUCUCGUUAUGAUGAGGAGAAAAGCAUGAGGGAAGUGUUGGAGCAGAGGCUGGCCAAUCUAAACCAAGAUCUGCAGAGGGAGAAACAGGAGAAGGAGAGACUGGCGGCAGAGCUGCUUCAGAGGCCUGGAGUGGAAGACGUGGAAGUGUUGAAGAAAGAGUUGGUGCAGGUGCAGACGCUCAUGGAUAACAUGACCCGCGAGAGGGAGGAGGAGUCCGAGCGUCUCAGGAGCCAAUACGAACUGUUGCAGGCCAACUUCACUACCUCAGAGACCACGAUUGCUCAGUUGAAGGCGGAACUGGAGAAAGGUCCUCAGGAGGCAGCGGUCUACACCCAACAGAUCCACCAAUUACAGAGCAACCUGAACAACUUCCAGCAACAGACCCAGCUUUUGUCAGAGAAGUUAUCUCGUAAGGAGAAGGAGAAUCAGGAACUUGAGGAGCGUCUGGGUCAGGAACUGACCUCUAAGAAGAGUCUUCAGGCUAGUCUGCACCAGAAAGACCUGGACCUCCAGGAAAGCCAAGCUCGGGUGUCAUCGGGGGAGGCAGCUCUGAGUCGGGUCCAGACUGAAUCGACCGAACGCAGGGAAGAGGUCACACGACUCAAACAGGAACUCGCUGAGCUGGAGAAGAACCACCAGGAGUUGAAGGUAGUGAGGAAACAACUCCAACAGCAGAGAGACGAUAAAGAAAACCAGGGCCUGCAGCAGCAAAGUGAGAUUAGCAAGCUACAUGCGAAGCUGCUGGACACUGAGCGUCAGUUGGGGGAGCUGCAGGGCCGGCUUAAAGAACAAAGACAGCUGUCAGGAGAGAAACUCAAAGAUCGGGAACAGCAGGUGGCAGACCUGCAGCUUAAACUCUCCCGCGUGGAUGAACAGUUAAAGGAGACCUCUACCAAGUCUACUGACCUACAGCAUCAGCUGGACAAAUCCAAACAGCAAAACCAAGAACUACAAACCCUUCAACAGAGCACUAAUGGCAAACUUAGAGAGGCACAGAACGACCUGGAGCAGGUGUUGCGUCAGAUCGGGGACAAGGACCAGAAGAUCCAGAAUCUUGAAGCUCUGCUGCAGAAGAGUAAGGACAGCGUGAGCCAGCUGGAGGCCGAGAGAGAGGAUCUGUGUGCUAAGAUCCAGGCCGGUGAAGGAGAGGCAGCCGUGCUGAACCAACUGCAGGAGAAAAAUCAUUCACUACAGGAACAAAUUACGCAGCUUACUGACAAGCUCAAGAACCAGUCAGAGAGCCACAAACAAGCUCAGGAUAACCUUCACGAGCAGGUACAGGAGCAGAAGACCCACCUACGUUCAGCACAAGACCGGUGCCAGGGCCUAGAGACCAACAUCUCUGAACUUAACACUCAGCUCACAGAGAGCAAAGAGAAGAUUGUCCAGCUAGACACACAGCUGAAAGCCAAGACAGAGAUGCUAUUGUCUGCUGAAGCAGCAAAAAUUGCUCAGCGAGCCGACUUAGAGAACCAUCUAGAGACUGCCCAGAAUGCACUGCAAGACAAGCAACAAGAGUUGAGUAAAGUGCAGGCUCAGCUGGAAGAGCAGGACCGUAGGCUGCAGGAGAAGCAGGAGCAGAGCUCUCAGCUGGAGACCGGUCUGAAAGACAGCAGACACAAACUGUUGACUGCAGAGCAGAGGAUAGAGACACUGGAGACCCAGACCAAGAAAGCUGAGGUUGAGAUAGUUGAGCUUCGCUCUGGAAGGGAACAAGCUCAGAAGGAGCAGGAGAUGCUAAAGAAGCAGAUCAGUGAGAUGGAGAUGAAGACGAAGGAACUGAACCGUCUUUUAGACUCUGAAAAACAAGGAGCUGCCACCAAGCAAGAGGAGUUGAAGAAGGAAACCUCAGCCCUCACAGAAACAAGACAAAACCUGGAGAAGGCAGAGCAGGAGCGUGUGACCCUGCAGUCCAGUCUGGAUAAACUGUCUCAGGAGAGUCAGAAGCGGCAGGCAGAGUUGGACAAGAAAGUUAAGGGUCUGAGUGCAGAUCUUCAGAAAGCUCAGCAGGAGAGGGAAGCUCAGACUAAAGAAAUAACAACAGUGAAAGAGGCUCUGAGCAAAGCUUCUAAAGCCCUGAAAGAGAGUCAGACUCAACUGGAGAAAGAAAAGAGCAGCAACAAGGCCACUUUGGAAGAGAAGGAGAAGAUUUAUCAGAAAGCACAGCAAGAACUUCAGAAAAUCACAGAGACCACUUCUAAAGAGCUCAGCCAUGUUAAAGGUCUGCUUGAAAAAUCAAUAGAGGCAGAAAAGGGUCUACAAUCUCAGCUGACCUUACUGAACACUCAGCUCAAACAAUCUCAAGAGACACUGAGAGAGAAAGAAAAGAGUGCACUGCAGCUACAGGCAGAGCUGAAGACUACGCAGGGGUCCUUGAGCCAGGAAGUGACGAAACAUAAGGCACAAGUGUCUGAGUUGCAGGCUUCCCUCGCUAAGAAGGCCGAAGAGGAGGCCAAGCUGAAGGAGCAGGUGACGACGCUGUCUAAAGAUUUAACCUCUGAAACGAAUCGCUGUGCAGAGCUGCAGAAGACCAGCGACAGCACCAAAGAGAGUCUCGCCACCAUUCAGUCGGAUUACUACGGCAAAGAGUCCGAGCUCUCUGCUGUACGCCAGGACCUCAAGGUGUGUGAGGAGAAGCUGGUUCUAGCUCAGGAAGAGCUGGUGGCCAAUAGGAACCAGCUUAGUGCUCACGAAACCCAGAUCAAGGAGCUGAAGACGGGCCGCACGACACUAGAGAAAGACCUCGGCAAGAGAGACGAGAAGAUCAAGCAGCAGGUGGAGGCUCUACAGAAACUCCAGAAACAACAGGAACAAACAGAGGAGGAGCUGAAGAAGGAGAAAGCUCAAUGCGAGGAGCUGAGAGAGUGCCAGAGUGCUCUGGAGCAGGACAAAAACAAACUGUCUGCUGAUCUCAAAGCUCUGGCCGAGAAGAAUGAGAAGGAGCUGAAGGAGCUUCAGGCAGUGAAGCAGCUGUUGAUCCAGCAGAAGUUGGAGCAGCAGGGGAAAGUGGAAGCAGCUCAAGCAUCUCUGGAACAGGAGCAGAGAGAGCAUCAGAAGACCAGAGACUCGAUCAAACAAAAACAGGAGCUUCUCAAAGCUGAGACCGACAAACUACAACAGAAAUUGGCAUCUGAAGUAAAGGCUAAAGAGGAGAUGGCGAAGCAGAGGGAAGAGGCUGAGGUGAAGAUUAAUCUGCAGGUGACGGCACUAAAUGAGAAUGUGGCCACGCUGAAGCGCGAGUGGCAGAGCAGCCAGAGGCGGGUGGGUGAGCUGGAGAAACAGACGGAUGAGCUGAGAGGGGAGAUCGCCGUGUUGGAGGCCACCGUCCAGAACAACCAGGACGAGAGACGUGCGCUGCUCGAGAGGUGUGUCCAGGGUGAGGGUGAGAUUGAGAAGCUUCAGGCUAAGAUGGUGGAGAUGCGCAGGAAACUGGAUGACACCACGGCCGCCAUGCAGGAGCUUGGCCGUGAAAACCAGUCUUUACAGAUAAAACAGUCGCAGUCCCUCACACGGAAGUGGGCGGAAGAUCACGAGGUGCAGAACUGUAUGGCUUGUGGGAAAGGCUUCUCUCUCGCUGUCAGAAAGCACCACUGUCGACACUGCGGUAACAUCUUCUGCGCAGAAUGCUCGGCCCGCAACGCCCUGACGCCCUCCUCCAAGAAGCCCGUCCGAGUGUGUGACGGUUGCUUUGAUGAGCUCCAGGGCUGAUGCCCCCCCUCCCCCACAACACAAAAACCCGUCCCCUGCAGCCCUCGGCGUCCCGCUCGCCCUGACCUCUCCCCAGGAAAGAUGAGCAACCAGGAAAGGCCACCGGAGGGCUGCAGGGACCACUGAGGAACAGCAUGUUGCUGAAAAUCAGAUUAAAAUUAGACCGGCCAGAUUGGCUGUCCUCAUCUGUCCAGUGCCUUUGCCACUUACGAGGCCACUUUCAGACCCAGAGGAAUUAAAAGGGAGGGAUCGCUUGAGCAGAUGGAUUACUUGUAAUAUAAAGAUCAGCUCCUUACAGAUGUUUUAUGCUAAAGUACAGUAGCUUUGGCACUCAGGAUCGAGGUUUACAUUGAUAUCGUCUUUUGGAAAGAUUUAACUAUAAGAGGCCGAGGGCGUAUACAGAGGGGUUCCGAGGAGAACCAAAGCUGUCCGCAGGGUCCUAAUUUGAUGUAUCGUAUUUGUAAGUAAAUGUACAGACAAAAGAGGCACAUGUGAAUAAUUCCGAUAUAACUGUCACUCUAUGGAGACUGUAACAUUUGUCAUUCAGUGUGGGCAUGUUAACAUAAAGUAUGUGGGUGUACAUGCUUGCUUUGCUGCUCUUAUGUCUGUUGAAAUGAAACACUUGAUGUCUGUUUUGCAUUCAUAAUCUCACCAGUAGAAGUUGGUGAUUCUUUGAAAGAUUUACACACGAAAAUCCUUUGCUUUUAUCAAAUUAUGCACGUCAGAUAUACGUGCCCUGCUUUUAAGCAAUAACCGUGCAUUGGGUGUGAUUGUGUGCCUGCUAGUAUAUUGAAAAAGAAUGACAGACCGCUGAUUGUUUUUAAAAUCUCAUUCUCGGCUGCUACGUUUUUCCUCAUUCAUGGCAUCUACGUACUUAAACGUGUAGUUCACCUAAAAUUGAAAAUUCGGUCAAAGUUUGCCCUUUCAAACCGGUAUGACUUUCAUUGUAAAAACAAAAACUGACACGGGAAACGACGCGGGAGUGCGUAAAUGACGAGACGAUUUUCGUUUUAAUUUUUAUAAACAAUUCUUUUAUCAGAAGUGUGGCGAGAUGGUCAGUGCGUCGUUGUACCCAGCUGAUAAAAAUAAGUUUAAGGAAUGUUUUGCUAACGUUGCCAUGUUGCUAACGUUAUUUCUGAACGUUCAAAAUGUCACUUUAAAAAAAAAAAAAAAGAAAGAAAAACGUGUAGAACUGAUUGUGAACUGAUUUAACUGCUGUAAAGUACGCUUCACUGUAAGUGGUUUGUCCCGUUGCCACGUUCUCGCUUAAAAGGUUGCACAUCGACUUGCAGCAUCAAUGGCACUGUUUGUUGUCAGUGUGAUUCUGAUGUAUUGAUUCCUUGCUUUUUGUGUCGGUAGAUGGAUUCAGGAGCAUAAUUCAUAAUGAUUUUUAUGUGUAGGAAAAAUCAAAAAAGUGUCUCAGGAUGUUUUGCGCACAUCACCAGCUCAGUCAAGUAACGUGACUAAAGAAAAUGGAAUAUUAUAUGCCCUUUAACUUGAUUUCGAAUGGAGUGUGUGUUGCAGUCAACAACAGUAUCAUAUCACUCAGUGCCAACUGGUCGAAACCCUCCAUCUGACAUCACGUCCUGUUUUUUCUAACCAUUAACAAUGCUGUAAUUAUUAGCAGUGUUUGUAGCACAUUCAGAAGAAAAAAACAGGUUGUGCAGCUUGCAAAUAAAGCUAAGUUGUGACCGCAUAUGCAAAGUGCAUCACUUGUAUCAGCACUACACACUAACAGUAUCUGUUAUAUGGUUGUUUAUUAUUACUGAUUGACACAUUUUCAUUUGCUGAACAGCAGGGUGUUCACAUUCAUGUCGUGUUGGUGUAGGUGUGUGCCUUAUGUCGAGCUUUGUUUGUGUCAUCUUUGUGUAUUUCUGAAUGCAGAAAAAGUCCCACCUGGCAAAAACCAUCAAAUAUAUGUUGAUUUAUUUCACAGGUUUCUACACAUUUAUGAUGUGAAAGUAAUAUCAGACGUAGAUGAAAAAUCAAUCAGAAUAUUAUUUAAAAAAAGCAUAAAAAUAGUGCAAAAAUAUCAAAAUCCAAAGGUAAUUUCAGGUUAACUGGGGUCAUGACUUAAAUGAAGAAUGGGUGAAUUGCCUGUUUAUUGUUAUUGAUGUUUUCUAAUUUUCCAUCCUGUUUAAAAGUAAAUAAUAAACUAGUUGUUUCUAUUUUC